GAGGUGAGUGGAGUAGGCGUGAGUCUGCAGAGGGAAGCGAGGACGCAGCAGAGGCGCAUUGAUGAGAGUCUGGCCGCUUAGGCUCACAGGGAUGCAGUUGUAGUUACACCGCUUUGCUUUGUUUCUCAGGAGCCAUCAGCGGACUGGGAAGUUCGAAUUAUUGGACUGUCUCGCCAAAAAAAAAAAGAAACUUUAGUGGAUUUUUUUUUCCUUCUCCUCCAAAAAAUGGGUUUGGAAGGAUUUUGCGCACGGACGCCGGGGACCGAAUCCUUCUUCAGCCGCUCUUUCCUUUGUAUUCUCGGGGUCUUGGUCAGUGUUUGUCCGCCCGUGAGUGAGGGUUUCAACCUGGACACGGAGAACCCGGCUGUUUACAGCGGACCUAACGGGAGCUACUUCGGAUACGCGGUGGACUUUUAUUUGUCCGACUCUGCCAGUGCCAGUGUGGUGAUCGGUGCCCCCAAGGCCAACACGAGCCAGGUCAACAUCACAGAGGGAGGGUCGGUCUUCUACUGUCCCUGGAGCCUCGGACAGUCAGACUGUCACGCCAUUGAGUUCGAUGCAGAUGGGGAUCGCAUUGUCCUCCUCAAUGAUACAGAACAUCAGGCCGAUUUCAAGUCCCACCAGUGGUUCGGCGCUACUGUCCGCUCUCACGGCGACACCAUUCUGGCUUGUGCUCCGCUGUACUCCUGGAGAACUAAAAAUGACGUCCCCCACUCCGACGUUACAGGAACCUGCUAUCUCUCGGUGCAGAACUUCACCAAAUUUGUGGAGUAUGCACCCUGUCGGACAGAAAUCAGCGACCGAGGAGGUCAGGGCUACUGCCAGGGAGGAUUCAGUGCUGACUUCACCAAGGAUGGUAAAGUGGUGUUGGGAGGGCCGGGCAGCUACUUCUGGCAAGGGCAGUUAAUCUCUGCAGCAAAGGAAGACAUUGUCAAAGCAUACUACCCGGGCUAUUUUAUGCAGGCUGUCGAGGGCCAGAUCCAGACCAAACAGGCUCAGGUUGCCCAUGACGACAGCUACCAAGGCUACUCGGUUGCUGUUGGAGAAUUCAGUGGAGAUGAAGUGGAAGAUUUUGUCGCCGGAGUUCCGAAGGAAAAUAUGCUUUAUGGUUUGGUGUCCAUUUUGAACGGUGCAGAUCUUACGAUCAUGAAGAGCUACAGCGGUGAGCAGAUGGGCUCAUAUUUCGGCUAUGCACUGGCGACGACUGACAUCAACAACGAUGGGAUGACGGACCUGCUGGUGGGAGCUCCCAUGCUGAUGGUGAAAGGCUCCGACGGUCACCUGGAGGAGAUGGGUCGGGUUUAUGUUUACCUGCAGCGCGGGCCCCUGGACCUGGAGCUGCUCCUGCCUCACCUGACCGGCACGCAGGCGUACGGGAGAUUUGGCAGCACGGUUGCACCUCUGGGAGAUCUGAACCAGGAUGGGUUCAAUGAUGUGGCUGUGAGCUGUCCGUUCGGGGGGGAGGACCGGCAGGGACUGGUCUACAUUUAUAACGGAUACUCGGAAGGCCUGAGGGAAAAGCCGUCUCAGGUGAUCGCGGGCCAGUGGGCGGCCGGGGCCUUCCCUGCCAGCUUCGGGUUCGCCCUCAGAGGAGCCAAGGACCUGGACAUGAACGGAUACCCAGAUCUCAUCGUUGGAGCCUUCGGGGUUAAUAAGGCGGUUCUCUAUAGGUCCCGCCCCAUCGUCAACGCCAGUGGUUCUCUAAUAGUUUCCCCCACCAUGAUCAACCCUGAAGAGAAAAACUGCGAGGUCACCGAUGGAAACUCCAGGCUUCUCGUUUCCUGCGUUAACCUGAGUUUCUGCAUAUUUGCUGAGGGGAAGCACCUACCAGACAACCUAGAUUUCCAGGUGGAGGUGCAGCUCGACAGUCAAAAGCACAAGCAGAAAGGUGCGGUGAAGAGAGCUCUGUUCGAGGAUUCCCAGCAGCCUUUGCUGCAGAAGAGCGUGCGGGUGCGCCACGGAGAACGCGUGUGCAACCACACGAAGAUCUACCUAAGAGAUGAAAAAGACUUCAGGGAUAAACUCUCCCCCAUCUUGGUGUCCUUGAACUUCAGCUUGGACCCACAUGCUGCAGCAGACUCCCAUGGCCUGCAGCCCAUCCUUAACUACCAGACCGCCAACGUUAUCGUGCAGAAGGCUCAGAUUCUCUUGGACUGUGGAGAAGACAACAUCUGUGUUCCUGACUUGAAGCUGGCAGUUCAUAGCAACAGGAAGGAAGUCUACCUCGGCGAUGAAAACGCGCUGACCUUGACUUUCAACGCCAGGAACGAGGGCGAGGGGGGGGCGUACGAGGCGGAGCUGCACGUGGUGCUGCCCUCUGAAGCUGACUACAGCGGGAUCGCCCGCAACAACGAGAGCUUCACCCAGCUGACCUGCAGCUACGAGACGGAGAACCAGACGCGCUACCUCAGCUGUGAUCUGGGAAACCCGAUGAAAGCUGGCACUGAUCUUCUGGCAGGCCUGCGCUUCACGGUGCCGAGGCUAAAGGACACACACAAGACGGUGCAGUUCGAGUUCCAGAUUCGCAGUAAAAAUGAGAACAAUUCCCACAGCGAAGUUGUGCCCUAUAAGCUUGAGGUGGUUGUCCAAGCUGACGUCAUUUUACAGGGCGUAUCGCGACCCGAUAAGGUCUUCUUUCCACCCGCCAACUGGAAGGUUCCCAAAAACUACGAGGCUGAGCAGGAUGUUGGGCCUGCGAUGGAGCACAUUUAUGAGCUGGUGAACAAUGGCCCCAGUCAGAUCAGCCACACCUUCCUGGAGCUGCGCUGUCCUCUCCGAGCCCCGGCGCACACCCUCCUCUACCCCCUGGAGUUCUCCACCGAAGGCCCCAUCAACUGCACUGCCAACCUAACCAUGAACCACCUCAAUCUCAAACUCCAGCGCCCGUCCACUGAAUCUCCGAUCCUGGCUCUGAAGGCCCCUGAGCACCACGUCGUGAGGAGGGACGUCCACAAGGAGCAGUUCGCUCAUCUGACUAACCUGUCUUGCUCCAACGUGGAGUGCUGGACACUCCAGUGCAACGUGGGUCUGCUGGGGAAAGGAACCACCGCCAUCCUCAAAGUGCGCUCCCGCAUCUGGGCCCAGACUUUCACCGAGAAACCUUACAAGAACCAUGUCCUGGAGUGCCUGGCCAGAUACAAUGUCAAGAAGAUGCCAUACGCAAUCCUGCCCAAAGUCUAUCCCAGUGGACAGAAAAAGGUCGUGACCCCGGUGGUGUGGAACAAGCCGGACAUCGAGAACUCGGUCCCACUGUGGAUCAUCAUCCUAGCUAUUCUGGCCGGUUUACUGCUCCUGGCUCUCCUCAUCUACGUCCUUUACAGGUUCGGCUUUUUCAAGCGAUCUGUACCUUACGGCACGGCCAUGGAGAAAGCACAACUGAAACCACAGGCUGCGUCUGAGGCCUAGCGGCCACCGGAGCCACCGGAGCCCCCGGAGCCACCGGAGCCACCGGAGCCCCCGGAGCCACCGGAGCCACCGGAGCCACCGGAGCCCCCGGAGCCCCCGGAGCCACCGGAGCCCCCGGAGCCACCGGAGCCCCCGGAACCACAAUCUCUGGCCAUAUGAUUGCAAUCCAGGAACGCGAUGGAACAUUUGAGUGGGUCAAAAAGCAGGUGAAGAGAGACUACUGGAACUCCACUGUGCUGCACUAAAGGAAGACAGAAACGCAAAGAUCUCUAAGCCAAAUGAAUGUUGUUGUUUUGUUUUUUUUUUGUUGUAUUCCUUAAGUUAUGUCUUUGUUUUAUAUCAGGUUGGGAUUGUUGUUUAAUAGAACUCAUUUCUGUGCCAAAAGGCUAAAAUUAGACUAAAAAAAGAAAAAAAAAAGACUGCAAACUGUGCAAAGGCUCCCGUCAGCCUGUGCUUUGCAGCAACACGUUGGGUUUACUUUUGUGGAUAUUGUGAUAAAGAGCUCUAUUUUACCCAUUUAACUGCCUUAUAUUGGUGCUAAUAACCGUAAUACGUUCGCUGCCUCUGACAGGAUUCAGCCUCGUGCUGCUCGUGGCCUCUGGGAGCUGGGAAAUGUGUUAACUGAUGAGGCCUGAAAGUAUUCCUCGCAUAGCUCCCAAAUGCAAAAUAUUGAUGAAGAAUUAUCAGGGGAAACAUUAGCUGGCUCAAGGCAAAAUCCCACACAGAGAUGUGUGUUAGCCAAGUACGCUCAACAAGCUCAGCUUUGAUUGCAAUAAGGAUUCCUUCCCCCCAGAAUUGAACCCCCAUUAGGUGUUUUUCCCCCCGAUCCUGGACCGGUGCGAGCUGGGACAGACCUCGCCGCCCCUCAGCCCUGAGCAGAAAGAGCGGGUAGUGAAAAUGCAUAAAUGGAUGUUUCUCAGCUGAAAAAUAAUCACUUUCUGCCUCAGGUUGGGUGGACAGUGUUUUUUUGCACUCAAAGGAAAUCUACUGAUUUUAUUCCAAAUACGCCAAAGACUGACUGACUGACUGACCUUUCCUUUGAGUUCUGAAUUUAACUCCUACUGAUGACUUUAAGUCCUGUAUGCUUGUUGCUCAGAGUUCCCGAUGCUGACGUCGCGAGUGUAGUUGUGUUAAUCGACUGGGAUGGGACUGGAACCACCACAGACCUUGUGAAACCUCAUAAAAGGCCCGAAGCAUCGCGGCGCUUCUGCGAAGAGCACCGAUCUCCUCAGAAAAUACUCCCAUGUGUUUCCUCCUGCUCAGGUUUGAGCUCAUUUCAAACGGAGACGCAGACGGGAGAGCAGGUGACAUAUUGGGGGGCUGGGGGCGGACAGAGAUUUAGCUGCCGUGACAAUCAGCAACGAUGUAGCCUCGACACGCGGCUGAAGACCUGACGGAUCCGUGUCCGGCUCACAGCGCCUGUUGCCGAGUGAAAUACUGUAUUUUUUGAUUGUCUCUUGAGUGAAAUGAGCAAGGAGUGUCUUGACGUUCGCCAACAACUAAAACGGCUACAGGGACUGAACAGUAAAAUGGUUUGUGUUGGUUUCUUUUCUCAUGUACAUUGAUUUGAUGUGCCUUACAUGUAAAUACUUAAUGUCAGAGGGGUAGAAUCAAGGUUGUGUGUGCGUGCACGGCCGCAUGUGUCACUUCAUGCGUUACGUGCAUUUGUGUGAAUGUUAUAUUUAAGGAAGUUUUUUUUAGUGCGUGUGUGGUUUUUUACCUUUCCCAUUGCCUAGUCCUUUGUAGCCUGAGAUAACUGAGGUGAACCCGUUCCACAUUGCUAUAGAACACGAUUGCAGAAAUACCUCGAACAAAGGGAUAAAAGCUAGGCACUGGGAACUACACAUUGUUUGGAAGUGCAAUAUUUACAUCACUCUUUGUAAUAUAACAGUGAUUACUUUUGUUUUUUCUGUUUUGUUUGUGAUCUUGAUAAACCAAGACGUUGUGCGCCAAAGUAUGUGAUGAGCAUGUGGUGAGCGUGUGGACGUAAGCCUUUGUGGGUUUCUGGCUGUUCCGUCCACUUGCUUUGUCACCUCUUAUCACUUGAGUGAAACAUUCUUGUUUUUUUUUUUGUUUUUUUAAAGGAUUUUUUUUCCACUUCAGAUGUACUCACCUCUUCACUGGACUUUUUAUGAAUUACCUUCAUUAUUUCACCGUCUUUUGUGGACUGACAGAAACACAAAGACCAUGCCUGGAUUGAUUUAUAUGUUCUGCAGCUGCAGCCGUCCAAACACAGUCACUGCAAUAAUUAUAUCUUAAACCAUUUUCUUUUUUGCUUCAUUACACUUUUUUUUUUUUUUUUAAUGCAUCUCCUCUCAUUGGAGAUUGAUUCACAUUUGUGUGCUCCACAAAAUUCCCGUUUGGUUAUCCACUUAAAUGCUUCAUCACACACUCUGUCUAAAUAUAAACAUUUCCUCACUGAACAUUUCAACCCAUUAUUUAUAAUGAUGGGCUCAUUUUACUUCUUCCAUGGUUGCAUCAGGAGAAGGCACUGGUCUUUUUCUUUUUUUUUUUCUUCCCCUUUUUGUUUUAACGUGUUUUAACUUUCACUCUCCACAACUUUCAAAAAGAUGUUGUACAUAUUUAUGACGAGGAGAGAACUUUGAAAUUCAACUGAUAACUGAUUUGUUGUGAAAUUUCUCACCCCAUAUUGGGGGGACCUUUUGUUCCGGGUUGGAGGUGACGCUUUGAACGUCAGUUUUUUGCCUGUUACAGUUUCUACUUUUAAUAAAAUAUUUCCCUUUUUACA